GCUCCACCAGCCGAAUGAAAAUGGCACUAUCACAUGCCGGGUGAAGUCGCAGGAGACGAAGUGACACCUUCGCUGCCUCCAACUUAUUGCAAGUCACUGCAAGCACAAACCGACGGUCUGACGGAGUGACAGUAUCACUGCCUGGAUCACCCUCACUCGCUGCCUGCGGCUCAUUUAUAUACAUCAUGUUCACAUUCUUCCACUCUUGUCCGGAAAUUGUAUCAGAUCUUUGCGUUCAAUCCCAUCUGUUGCCUUCACCUUGACCAACACGUUUUGGUUACCUUUCAAGAGCCCCGAGGAUGGCCACAUCCAAUAACUCGCUGGUCGUACAAACUGACGGCGGUCAGAUCACCAAUGCGAACAGACAAGGGCGACGAUCUCGGGUACGACAACUCAAAUGCGGACAUUCCAGCUGCGGCAAGUACGGGCACAGCACAGACCAAUGCUGGGUUGCGCAUCCUGACCUUCGACCUCACAAGGGUGACAAAGAAGGAGGAAGAUUAGUUCGAGGUCAUACUUCUGGUCAGCAUACCGCAAAAGCCAGUUCGUCAACUCCAUUUCGAUUUCUCGACCUUCCGGCAGAGAUACGAUACCGAAUCUAUGAGGCAGUCCACGGACAUGGUCAUGCUCUGAUCUUCAAGAAGCACGGCCUUUACCCGACAGAAUGGCAUGAGGGUUGGAAGGAUAUGUCAAACCUCUAUUUUGUCUCAAAGAAAGUCUACGCGGAGACAGCCUUUAUUCGAGAGACUACCAAUGCGUUCAAUGGUCAUAUGCGCGUCGAGAUCCGGCCAUUCGGUGUCAACCUAUACGCAAACGACGGCGCUCUGGUACGCGAGGUUACUAAAAUGACGUUUUUCGGCUAUAACAGCUACAACAUGUUCGCAACCACAUUUGACAGACGUGAAUGGAACGAAAUUGGUUGGUUCCCGAACGUCAAAGAAAUUCAUGUGGAGUGGUCGAUGCUUCAGUACAAAUACAAAACAGGUUCCAACAAUACCUACAGCAAGGGGUGGAGGCACCUGUGGCAGCCAGGCACAAUGAAAGCCUUCUACGCCGGCGAGCAGGACUACGACUUGUCGUGGUACACACCAUUCGAGCGACUCAAGUUGAAUCAUCUUCUUUGGCUUCUGAAGGUGCGCAGAUAUCAUUGCAAGCUCUUUGUCACCAUCAUGCAACCGUGGCUUGACAAUGAUCGGAAGCCUGUCUUUAUCAAAGAGAUCAAGUACAGCAUUGGAAGAGGAGGUCUCAAGUCCGUCCUCUAUCGACGUGCGUACCAUGCGCCUCCGUACCGUGCCCCAGCCUAUAGGGAUCCAAGACUUCCAAGACUGCCCUCAGCUUGGUAUUAUCAGGAGGACGGAGGUGAAGUUGCGGGCUAAGUCAGUGGAGACUGCAGCUGAGAACGUUCGUCAAAAUCCAAAACCUUUCCGACAUAUGGAUAUGGCAGUCUCCACCAAUAGCAGAGACCUGCCCACAAGAGGCACAAUACCAGAGGCAGU